AUGACAACGUCUCACACAGUCGUGCACACCCAAGCGGGCACAUCCGAUCUUGAUUUAGAUGACUCGAUCCAAGUAUCAAUGUUGAAUUCCCAGCUCCAUAACUCCCUCGAAGCAUCGCUGACCCACCAAUCAUCUGAUGCACAACCAUCCAUGGAAAAUGCUUACGACAUUCGAUCUGUGAAUCUUUCUCGCAGCAGCGCAGUCAUUUUGAUUACUACCCUUAGCGGUAUCACUUUUGUUGGUAGUAUGAGUAGUGGAUUACUCACUGUUGGAUUGCCUACUAUCGCAAAGGAUUUGAAUUUACCCAACAAUCUAUUGCUCUGGCCUGCUUCGGUAUAUUCCCUCGCAAAUGGAUGUUGUCUUCUCCUGGCUGGUUCAAUGGCCGACUUCAUGGGGAACAGAAUGAUCAACCUCACCGGAUGUUUUCUACUCGGCGCAUUCAUUCUUGCUUGUGGGGUAGCUCAGACCGGUAUCCAAAUGAUUCUCUUCCGCACAUUUCAAGGCAUCGCAACCUCCAUGUGUCUCCCCACGGCAUUCAGUAUUCUGACUGAUGCCAUGCCAGCCGGCAAGAGAAGGAAUAUUGGGUUUGCUUGCCUUGGGCUAGGACAGCCGUUGGGGUUUUCGAUGGGACUCGUACUUGGUGGUCUCUUCCAAGGCUCAUCACUUGGAUGGAGAUUCGGAUAUUACCUCUGUGCAGGAAUAUCUAUGGUCCUUGCAGUUGUCAAUUUAUUCAAGUUACCAAAGGAUGCAGAACGAGAGCCGGUCUCCUGGCGCCGACUCCGAUCGGAAAUUGAUUGGGUCGGGAUCCUGCUGUCAAGUUCUUGCCUAGGGAUUAUUUCCUAUGUGUUCGCUACCAUCACAGAUAGCCCAUGGAACAUUCGCCGAGCGGAAAAUAUUGUCUUGCUAUGUGCAGCUGCGGUCAUGAUUCCUGCAUUCUUGGGCUGGAUGAACUGGCGUGAGAAGAAGGGCAAGUCUGCUUUAAUUCCGAACUCUCUGUGGAAAAACACGGCAUUUGCGUCAGUUUGCUUCAUGGUGCUCCUUUCUUGGGCUGUACUCAACGGAAUGGAAACGAUUCUCAGUCUCUUCUUCCAAGAAGUCCAAGAUCUAUCUGCUUUCCAGGCCGCCCUUCGCUUCUUACCGAAUGUGGUUAUUGGCAUGGUUCUUAAUCUUGGAACGGGACUGCUUGUUCAUCGUCUCCAUGCGGAUCAUCUGGUGCUUGUCACCACAUUCCUCAGUGCUGGAUCCCCAUUGCUGAUGGCAAUUAUCGAUCCCAACUGGUCCUGGUGGUACUGUGCGUUUUGGGCUGUACUCUUGGGUCCCCUUUCAGCGGAUGUUAUCUUCACAAUCGCAAACCUCAUCAUCACCGACGCCUUUACACCAAAAACACAGGGCCUCGCAGGCGCCGUCUUCAACACUAUCGCGCAAUUCGGAACCUCGAUUGGAUUGACUAUCUUCGCCAUCAUCUCCGCCGGUGUCACUCAAGGAUCACCAUAUUCCAACAAAGGUUCACCAGAAGCACUAAUGAUUGGGUAUAGAGCUGUCUUCUGGACUUGUUUCGGACUGAUGCUCGCAGCUUGUGGUGUUGGUGCUCUGGGAUUACGCAAGGUCGGAAAGGUUGGCUUGAAGCGUGAUUAA